ACUAUGUUGGUCAACGGCUCCAAUUCUUUUUUCACUCUUUUGUUCCCUUUCUCUCUCCCUCUGUCCGCUUUAUUACCAUGCUACGAUAAAGUUUUGCUUUCAAUGCCGUCGUUCGGCUCGGCUCAACUAGCUUCGGCUUCAGUUGGCCAAAACACAGUACGUAAGUGCAUACGUCAAGUUAGUACGUAAUCGUCGCUACUGCGAGUUGGACGUGCUGUCGCAAAAGAAGCACAACUGACUGAGCACAAAAAACACGUUAAAAAUUUCGUCAUCUCGUCUCACUCCUACGCGCGCCUUCAAACAAAAACAAAACAAACUAAACUGGACAUGUGCCGUUGGAUGCAUAAUGGAAACGCGUGUAACAAUCAUGUAAAAUUGCAUUCUAGGGAAAUGGAUGGAAAUGGAGCGUGCGGCAAGGAACAGCACAUCAAAUUGAUAUUAGAGGUUAACAACUGAAUCUUGGGCGUAUGGGCGUGGUCAAGCUGUAACCUAACAACAUAGCUGCACCGUGGCGCUGCCUGUGGAGCAUAAAAGUCAAUUAAUGUACAAUUGCAACAACAAUUACAACAAUCGCCAGUGAAUCCAGCAAACGAGGCGACAGCGAACAGAAGCCAGCCAGAGGCAGGCAACCAACACUCAACACCCCACACUCAACACCCAUCAUCCAUCGCCCCCGCUCGCCACAACGGAUAAGCAGCGGAAGCGGCUGGCAACAAAAAUUUGUGAAAAUUACACGCAGCGUGAGGCUGCGUUCCAGGUUGUGCUUGGAGUGGGUGCGGUCGAGGGACUCGAGUGUGGAGCCAGCAACAAGGCCAGCCCAAUACCGAAGCGAACGUCCGGUGGCGGCCACAAAAUGACUUUCGUUAACAAGCUGAGCAAAAGCUUCCGCUGGCUGCGCUGCUCGACAUUGUGCGCCAUUUUGUUUUAUAUGUUUUUCAUUGGCCUCAUAUUGCACAGCACCAGCCAGAAGCUGCAGCAGCACCAGCAGCACCAGCACCAGCGGGAACAACACAGCUCUGUAGAACAGAGCCAGGCCCAAGCUGAGGCUCAGGCCAAGUCAGCGUCCAAUGAGCGCCCUAAUGGCCGCGACCAGCAGCAACCUAAGGAGCUGCUGGAGCAAGAAAAUCAACAACAACAACAACAACAACAGCAAGAAGAGCAUAACCAAAGGCGAAAGUCGCAGUCGCAAUCGCAGUCACAGCUAACGAGGAACAAUUCAGUUUUGGGUAAUGCCAAGGCAAAAGAGCAGCAUCAGCGUCGAAAAGUGCAGCCGAUAGCUGCUAAUAGAGGAGGAGGAGGAGGAGGAGGCGGCGGCGGGAGUGGAAGCGUAACUAGCAAAUCAGCCCAGCCGCAGCCCGAAACAGUUAUAUUAACGGCCAGCAAUGUGAACGAGAAGCAAAUACUUGCAAAAGCUUUCAAGCGAGCCGAUCGUAAUCAUGAUGGGCACCUGUCCAUACAGGAGCUGGGACAGUAUAUAAAUAAACGGAUUGUCGAGCAUAUAGACAUUGCCAUUAUGAAUAAUGCCAGAGAAUUUCGACGCGUAGACAUCGCACCUGCUGAUGGGCUGAUCACCUGGGAUGAAUAUCAUCGUUUCUUUCUGCGCGAGCAUGGCAUGACAGAUGCCGACAUUGAUGAGCAUGAUGAGAUCAGGCACACCUCGUUGAAUCGCAAGGCGCGCGAGGAUAUGAUGCGAGAUAAGGCGCGCUGGACGGAAGCGGCGCGAACGGAUCUAUUUACAUUGACAAUUGAUGAAUAUUUGAGCUUCAGGCAUCCGGAAUCGAGUGUAUCCAAUUUGCUGGAACUAGUGGAUGAUCUGUUGCGUCAGUUCGAUCAGGACGGCGACGAUCAGCUCACGCUGGAAGAGUUCUCUGAACUGAAUGUGGAUGACGAUGAGGACUUGCUGCGCAAGUCUCUUAUAUCCAAAACCCUGGUAGAGCGUCGCGAGGAGUUCAAGCGCAUUAUCGAUAAGAAUCACGAUGGCAAAGCCGAUCGUGGUGAGCUCCUGAACUAUGUCAAUCCGAAGACACCGCGCUAUGCACUCCAGGAGGCGGCUACCUUGUUCAGCUUGUGCGAUGAGAACAAGGACGAAUUACUUACACUUAAGGAGAUGACUAACAAUGCUGAGAUAUUUUUGCAAUCAAAGAUGAUCGAUACGGCUAACAGUUUUCACACCGAAUUUUAAUUACACUUUCUUUAUAGCACAUUCACUUUCUUUAAACCGUCCCCCAGUUCAAUCUCACAUAUUCCCAGCUCACGAUGUUUGUCUAAAAUAACAACUAUAUAAUCUUUGUGCAUUUAUAGUGAUAUUAAUUUGUAAGAUGUUUAACAUUGUAAUUGAAGAUAAAAUACACGCAUUGCUAUACCUACAUUUAUACAUACAUAUAUAUAUAUAAAUAUAAAUAUAAAGAUAGAAUUAAUUUUGUUAGAAGUUUAUACUACGUAACCCUUAAGAGCAAGAGGCAAUUCAUUUAAUGUGUGAUUUUAAAUAACAAUUUUACUUAAGAAUGCAAAGCAAAUUG